AUGGCAGGCAAGGGUAAGACAGUCGUGAGGACGCUGGAGGAUUUAACGCUUGAUUCUGGUUAUGGUGGAGCCGCGGACUCGGUCAGGUCGUCCAGCGUGUCGCUGUGCUGCUCCGACACGCAUCAGUCCAUCGCGCAUGGGGCCAACUGCUGGCAUCUGACGGAAUCCAUGCACAGCCGACAGAACAGUUUGGACACAGUCAACACCGUCCUGGCGGAGGACACGGAGAUACUGGAGUGCUCGGGUCAGUGCGCCAAGCUGACGGAGCUGGAGGACGUGCCAUGGAGCCUCGGCGAGGUGGAGGGCGCACUGAGGAAAGACGAGGAUCUGAUGGUGGGCGACCCUCCACCGGAGGUCCUGGCGCGGCUGUCGGCGCUCAUCAGCCGCGCGCUGGUGAGGGUGGCCCGGGAGGCGCAGCGGCUCAGCCUGCGCUACGCCAGGUGCACCAAGCACGAGAUCCAGAGCGCAAUCAAGGUGGUGCUCUCGUGGACCAUCUCCGUCAACUGCAUCGCGGCGGCUCUCAGCGCCCUGUCCCUGUACAACAUGAGCACCGGGGACAAGUUCAGCCGGGGCAAGUCGGCGCGCUGCGGGCUGGUGUUCUCCGUGGGGAAGUUCUUCAGGUGGAUGGUGGAUAGCCGGGUGGCCCUCAGGAUCCACGAACACGCUGCCAUAUACCUCACCGCGUGCAUGGAGAGUCUGUUCAGAGAGGUGUUCAGCCGCGUCCUGCGCAGCGCGCUGGUGGAGAGGAACAACGGGAUCCCCAAGUUCACGCUGGAGUCACUGGAGCAAGCCAUCAACAGCGACUCGGAGAUCUGGGGUCUGCUGCAGCCCUACCAGCACCUCAUCUGUGGGAAGAAUUCAAGUGGUGUGCUGAGCCUGCCGGAGAGUUUGAACCUGCACCGGGACCAGCAGCGCUCGGGGAGGGGGAGUGAGGGUCAGGCCGAGCUCCGCACGCUGGAGCAGUCGCUGCUCGCUACCCGGGUGGGCAGCAUCGCAGAGCUGAGUGAUCUUGUAUCCCGGGCCAUGCACCACCUCCAGCCCCUGCACAUCAAGAACCCCAGCAAUGGGACUCCAGUCCACCAGAAGACCACCAACACCACAGUGCACUGGGAGCCCGAGGCCCUCUACACCCUGUGUUACUUCAUGCACUGCCCACAGAUGGAGUGGGAGAACCCCAACGUGGAGCCCUCCAAAGUCACCUUACAGACCGAGAGGCCGUUCCUGGUACUGCCUCCGCUGAUGGAGUGGAUCCGGGUGGCGGUGGCCCACACUGAGCAUCGACGAAGCUUCUCUGUGGACAGCGACGACGUGAGGCAGGCCGCCAGGCUGCUGCUCCCCGGGGUGGACUGUGAACCAAGACAAAUAAAAGCGGAGGAUUGUUUCUGUGCCACCAGGAAGCUGGACGCCGCCUCCACAGAGGCCAAGUUCCUGCAGGAUCUGGGCUUCAGGAUGCUCAACUGCGGACGGACGGACCUCGUCAAGCAGGCCGUGAACCUGCUGGGGCCCGACGGCAUCAACAGCAUGAGCGAACAGGGAAUGACCCCUCUCAUGUACGCCUGCGUGCGCGGUGACGAGGCCAUGGUUCAGAUGCUGCUCGACGCCGGAGCCGACAUCAACAGCGAGGUGCCAAGCACAGUAAACAAGCACCCCUCAGUUUACCCUGAAACGCGCCAUGGGACGCCACUCACUUUCGCCGUGUUACACGGACACGUGCCUGUCGUGCAGUUGUUGCUGGAUAACAGAGCGAACGUGGAGGGCGCCCUGCAGGAUGGGGCGGAGAACUACACGGAGACCCCGCUUCAGCUGGCCUCUGCUGCAGGUAACUUUGAGCUGGUGAGUUUGCUGCUGGAGAGAGGGGCCGACCCCAUGAUCGGGACCAUGUGUCGGAACGGCAUCUCCUCUGCCCCGCUGGGAGACAUGAACUCAUUCAGCCUGGCAGCAGCACACGGCCACAGGAACGUGUUUCGGAAGCUCAUGUCCCAGUCGGAGCAGGAAAAGGGGGACGUGCUGUCCCUGGAGGAGAUCCUGGCCGAGAGUACGGAUCCCGGGGAGAAGAGUUUGGCGCCGCAGGCCAACGGCGGAGGGACGCUGCGAACAGGAAAGGCCAAACUGAGGGCCCUGAGAGAGGCCAUGUACCAUAGUGCAGAGCACGGCCAUGUGGACAUCACCAUAGACAUCCGCAGCUUAGGCGUUCCCUGGACGCUGCACACCUGGCUCGAGUCCCUGCGCACCUGCUUCAUGCAGCACCGCCGGCCGCUGAUCCAGGGCCUGCUCAAAGACUUCAGCUGCAUCCAGGAGGAGGAGUACACGGAGGAGCUCAUCACGCACGGCCUGCCGCUCAUGUUCCAGAUCCUCCGAACCAGCAAGAACGAGGUGAUAAGCCAGCAGCUGUCAGUCAUUUUCACCCAGUGCUACGGGCCCUUCCCCAUCCCUAAGCUGACAGAGAUCAAGAAGAAGCAGACCUCGCGCUUAGACCCUCACUUCCUCAACAACAAGGACAUGUCUGACGUUACUUUCCUGGUGGAGGUGAAACCGUUUUAUGCACACAAAGUUCUGCUGUUUACAGCUUCACCCAGGUUCAAGUCACUUCUCCAGAACCGACCAGCAGCAGAGAACACCUGUAUUGAGAUAAGCCAUGUCAAGUACAAUAUUUUCCAUUUGGUCAUGCAGUAUCUGUACUUUGGAGGCACUGAGGCUUUGCACAUACGCAACACUGAAGUCAUGGAGCUCCUGUCUGCAGCCAAAUUCUUCCAACUAGAGGCCCUCCAGAGACACUGUGAGAUCAUCUGCUCCAAGAACAUCACCACAGAAACCUGCGUGGACCUCUACAAACACGCCAAGUUCCUCGGCGCGGCGGAGCUCACGACUUUCAUCGAGGGCUAUAUCCUGAAGAACAUGGUGCUGCUGAUCGAACUCGACGGCUUCAAGCAGCUGCUGUACGAACCUCCUCCCGCCGAGAGCCCCGCGUCCAGCCCCGGCAUCUGCACCGACAUCCUCCUCGACCUGGAGAAAACUCUGGCCAUGCGCAUCCACUCCAUCCACCUCUCCACCUCUAAGGGCUCCGUGGUGUGACGCCGUCCUCCCACGAAAGCCCUCCGAUCUCCAGGCACAGCGUCCAUGUAACACGACCCCCCCCCCCCCCGUCCACCUGUCCCGGCUCCACUGCUGAAGAGGUGCUGUCGGAUGUUUUGAUGUCAGGGAUUCACUUUAAUUCUGCCCCAGAGGGUUGAAGUUGGCAUAUGUGACAAAAUCAGAGAGAGAGAACUUUCCGGCUUGUUGUCCUAAUGGCUCCCACUGACCACUUCACACCCCUACAGUCUAAAAGACACUAAACAGACUCAGCAGUAUCACUAAGACCUAAUCGUGAUUAUAAAACGUAUUGUAUUUCAUAUAGGACACAUGCAUGGAAUACAUUCUGUACACCUUUAAGGUAGAGUAGAACUCAAUAAAAUUAGCUUUCUCAUCAUCUCCGAUGUGAGACUUUAGGUUUACAAACUUUACGGAAGUGGAUGCCAUUGCAGUGUAAAGUUUGUCACAUGCCAAAAUAUAAUCAUACUAUACAACCAAUAAAAAGUGACUAGUAGCAAUGCCAGCAGACAGACUCUAGGUGGACUUAUCUCCGUUUCAUCCUGUCACUUCUACGUUGGAUACGUUUCACUGUGUUAUAUCUACUGCGUGUGCAGAGGCCAAACCGAUCACAGGCACUUCCACCGAGGCCGACGCUGCAGCGCUGACUGAACUAAAGACGGCCCACUCAUAGUGAGAUCUAUGCUGACGUACGCUUGAACCAUGGAUGUCCAACCGGGGAAAUUAACUACGAUAACUCCACGAAACGCCGUCGACGUUUCUCUUUUUGUUUUUUGAUUUUUGCAUGACACCUCCUCAACUGAGCUGCCGUGAUAUUGCUUUUUAUGCAGAGCUUACUUCACGGACCAAGUUAAGGGAAACCGCUGCUUAUUAACUUUCUAUCUGCCGCAAAACUGACUGAGCGGGAUUUGGAGAUGGAUUCUGAUUCUCUUUAAAGACGCUUAAAGCAAAGUGUAAAUACGUCCCUAAAGUCAUCGUGCUGGUCGUUCCUGUUUUUUUUUUUGUAAACUGAUGUACAGUAUUCUCCCACACUCGCUUGGCUGAUGGCACCAGUCUCAUUGAAUGUGCUCCAACAGUUUGUUCCCGCCGUUUGUGUCUGUUUAUGCAAAAGUUGCAUGUUUAAUCUGUUCCUUUGAAUCCUCCGUUUUGGCUUUAGGUGUGCUUUCUGUGUAGGUCGUUAGGGCUGAGCAGGGUGUUGAUUGUUCGUGCAAUCAAAGGAUGUUCCCGUCAAUCAUUGAGCUAUUUCUGAUACAUUCCAAGUGAUCAGGGUAGAUAACGAGAAGCAGCUUAAAGGCCUCACCUCAGCUGAAUUUAUCAAUAACGUCAAUUCUGUGAAAGAAAGGUUGAAUUCUCACACGCUGCCGGUUUAUUAGAGACGCAACAAUGUUACGUGACUCACAAAGUCCCAAACUCUUUUUCUGCACAUUAAUUUCAAUUUGAGCAUAACAACUUUAGUACAUUUGAAAAACUGUCUAAAUAUCAGAAAAGGUUUUUUAUAGUUGCCUGAGGUGCAAAAGUUGGUUGAUAACAAUCGAUACAAAGCAACAAAAAGUUUGUGACGAAGAAAGAGACAAAACAUGGCGACAGAAUGGCGGCCAUGUUUAUAUCAUAACUUUCAUACGUUGGUUUGACUGGCACUUCAAACUCCAAAUUACAUAAUCUUGUUGUCUUCUGUGAUGGUUAAAUGGCACCCGACUGUAGAAUUAGCGCCACAAAUUGUUUAUUUCAAUGAACUAACUCACGUAACUGUAGCUGCUGGAAACUUUGGAUGAAUUCAGCGUUUUGUUCUCUUCGUGUGCUCUUCAUCAGUCACCAAGUUCACGAUGUGCAGCAACACGUCUUUAUACUAAAGCCAAAAGAAGAGCGACCAAAUCUCAAACACCUCUGACAAUUAUCACAAUAAUUAUUAAACAACAAAUAUAUCAAGAUAUGUCUAAAUACAUGAGGCAGAUCUGACCAGUACAAGUCUCACAACCAGGUUUCAUUUGUAUUCUUCCUAUUUAAAUAGAUAUUGUUUGUCACAUUCUGGUGUGUAUAUCAAUAAUUAACGUGAGAAAAGGCCGCGUCUCUAAUAAACCGAUUCUGAAAUUCAAACCUUUAUUUCCACAUGAUUGCAUCGUUGUCGACGCCUGUCGCCCCCAGGUGUGCAUUAGAUGAUACUUGUGAAGUCUAAAAGGACCAAAUGUGAAGCCGUGACUCAGCAGCAGCCUCUGCGUGUCAGCCUGCUGUUUGACUUCAGCCGUCUCAAUACGGGAGGAAACCCUCGAGCCUACAGUUCAUUUUAUGAAUGUAACAAUGCAACAAAGGUUUAAUAUUUACUUAAUGUGCAAUAUCUGCAGUCCAGCAACAAACCAAAAGCAAAAAUGCUUCCCUCUGUUUCCAGUGUCUCUGAAGUGUCCUCGUACUUUGUGAUGUUGUUUCUACAUGAACCCGACUGUACCUUCAGAUAUUUCUUAAAAAUAUUGUAGCACACUCAAAAUUACUUCAACAUUUUGUUUUGGGCCAUAAAACAACAUUUGAACGGAAACACACAGGCAUAUAAGAGUUGGUUUUAAGUUCUGUAAAUAGUUACAGAAAAUGAAAUAUAGAUAUUAUCCUACGACUUUAUUUUCUUACCUACAUGCAUAUAUAUUUUAUUUUACAUUCCACAGCUCUUUUAUUUUACAAAAGUGAAAAAGAUUAUAUAAAAAAAAGAUGCUUUAAAGUUUUGAAAUCAAGCAAUAUUUCCAUGUGACUGUAUUACUCUGAGUAACGAUGAGUAACAUGCCACCGCGUGUGGAGCUACAGUGUAAAUGUGAAUUGAAAGACGCAUAACAACAAAUGAGUGACUGAGAAAAAGCAUGAAUUUACUCAUUUUUGUGACAUCCCACGUAUUUUAUUUUAAAUGUGUUUCACUCAUUUUAAAAGAAUAUGUCUUAACUUAUAGGCUGCCAGUCUGAUGGCUUUAACAAAGCUGAUAAUUUAUUUAGAUUAACUCUGGUUGAAAAAA